AUGAAAUUAUUUAUUUUUGUGUUUGUGUUCAUUGGUGUCUGUCACUGUAAGUUGAGACUGAAUGACUUUGGUGUAGAACUAUUGCACUUCACUCGGUUAGAAACGGAUGGUCACUUGUCAUUAUUGUCACCGUUCGGGAUUUGGACGCUCUUGACUGGAAUAACAUUUGGAACAUCUGGGACCAGUUACAGCGAAAUGAAGAGAGCAUUGUUUUUACCCAAAAACGAAAUGAAAUUAACUGAUGAAUAUAAAGACUUGGUUGCUGCUGUUCUCUCGCGAUCUCGAGAAAUAAUUUCAGAUAGCUUUAAUUUUGUGCUUAUCCCUAAUAAUAUUACUGUUUUUCCUUCAUUUAGAAAGAGAUUGGUAAAUGAUUUUGGAAUGGCCGUUAAAGCUUUAGAUUAUACUGAUCCACGUGUUAAUAUAUUUGCUAACUCAUAUAUUAAAGCCACGAGCAAACGUGUAAGUUAUGAUGUAUUGAGAUCUGAUGAUUUUGAGGUACCAAGCAUGAUAUUAGUAAAUGUAAUGUCCUUUAAAGGAUUGCUGUUCAAGCAACUAGAGUUGAUUAAAGAACCAUUCUAUAAUGAAGACAACAAUGAGAUAGGCAGUGUCAACAUGAUGUUUUCCAAGGGACUUUUCCCAUUUUCAAAUAUAAAGACUUUAAAAUCUUUUGCUUUGGAGUUACCUUACGACACUGGUAACAAAUAUUCUUUAAUCAUUCUUCUUCCGUACCCGUUAGUUAAAAUCAGUGAUAUUUACCAGAAAUUUAGCAACGUGAGCUUAAAUGAUAUUUUUAAACAGUUAAAUGAUGAUGUAAAUACAUUUGGACUAGAAAACGUACACGUCAAGCUUCCUAGAUUUCGCAUUUCUACGAACCUAGUGUUGAACAAGCCUCUAAAUGAUAUGGGUGUUUAUGAUAUAUUUCAACCUGAUCUAUUUAAUUUUAAACGAGCUACUAAUGAAAAAUUAUAUGUAUCUUCGGUCAUAAAUAACGUGAAUAUUGAUGUAACUAUGGUAGGUCAAGUUACUUCAAACGUAACGUCCUCCAAGGUAAUACCGACCCCAUAUUUUCCAAUGAAUAGACCAUUUUUAUACUACAUUGUGGAGAAAACGACAACAACUGUGAUAGUAAGUGGCAUUUACUCAAAGCCUACUUUUUAUUGA